UAAGUCGUCACGGCUUCAUUCAUUCAUUUAGUUCAUCUAACAUUAAAAUUAGGUCUGCUUUGAUGUGAGAGUAAUGUGUGUUAAUGUUAAUGAGCAAGCUUAAUGAUUCCAGUUGUUGUGUGAGCAUCUGCUGGCACUGUGACUUUAACGUCAAUAACGAUGCUGGUGUUUGCUCUAACACUAGUCAGACAUGGAGAGACCGUCGCAAAUAAAGACAGUAUAAUUCAAGGACAAUCGAACAGUCCUCUCUCAGAGCUGGGGCUGAAUCAGGCUAAGCUAGUUGCUGAGAGGUUGAAAGAUCAGGAGUUCACACAUGUCCACAGCAGUGAUCUUACACGUGCCACCCAGACUGCCGAAGCCAUCCUGACAGCAAACCCGCUGACGACGUGUAGCAUCGUGAAGGAUGCACGUCUGCGAGAGAGAAAAUUUGGCAACAUUGAGGGCAAGAGCUUCAAAGAGCUGAAGGUGGCUGCGCAGAGAGCUCAGCUGCCCAUCCAUGAAUACAUCCCGGAAGGAGCGGAGACCGUGCAGCAGAUGAGGGAGCGUGCGGUAGAAUUUUUCCGCAGUCUGUGCCAAAGCAUUGUCGCGAGCGCGUUGAGCAAGGACAGCUCAGCAGAGGGCAGCACCGCGUCGGACAGCUUCAAGCGCCAGCACUCGGGGAGCUGCUGCGAACAGGAGUGGUCCCCACCGGGCAUCGAACGCUCGCGAACAGAAAAGAAACGCUCGCGAACCGAUGAUAGCUGUGAUCUAGACAAUUGGCCGCAGCAGCAGCAGCAGCGGUGCGCGAGUCCGAGCAACCGCGGGGGCGAGCGCCCCCUGGCGGCGGCCGAACAGAAGAACUGCGCCGUGGCGGCCGAACAGAAGAACUGCGCCGUGGCGGCGAGCGCGAACCACGUCAGCACGAGCAACCAUGGCAACGAGAACGCGCACAGUUCCGUAACAACCGGCAGAACGGCGUACGCGUUCCAAGCCUCGACGUCGGUGCGAGACGGCGCCCGCACGGCGACGGCGGCGCCAUCUACGUGCGUCUUCACGCUCGACGACAGCGGCGACGAGACGGCGGCGGCGCCGGAGUCGCACCUCGUGCGCACGUGCGAGAACCUGACGCUGUGCGUGACGGACGCGCAGCAGUCGUCACCGCUGCUCGCCAGGAUAGUGGCGCCCUCGCGAUCGCCAGCGACGAGCCUGUCGCAGAUGAACGCGUGUCCGAACGUGUCGCUGUUUUCCGAGGGGAAUGCCAUUCACCGAGUCUCCAGCUGCGACUCGAACUCGAUCGACGACUACGACAUUCCCCAGCUGGCGGCCAACGUCCUCGUCACCUCGCACGGCGGCUUCCUGCGCGAAUUCAUACGCCACCUGGUGGACGCGCUGCGCUGCGAGUGUCCGGGCGGGCGGCGCGCCGCACUGCGCACGAGCCCCAAUACCGGGAUCAGCAAGUUCGUCGUGAGCAUGGCGCGCGACGGGCUGCCGUCGCAUGCCACCUGCGUGACGCUGCACGACAAGGAGCAUCUGACGACGGCCGGUGUCAGCUACACGAACAGCGUGUUCGCCGUGUGAAUCGCGUGUUUUUUCCGCGCGUGAGUCGCGUGUUCUGGUUUUGCGGGGCACGUGCUUAAGAGUGUGAGCCACGUGUUCUUGUCGUGUGAGUCGCGUGUUUCCGCGUGAGUCACGUGUUCUCGUCGUGUAAGUCACGUGUUUUGCGCGUGGGUCACGUGUUCUCAUCGUGUGAGCCAUGUGUUUACAGUGUGGGUCACGUGUUUACUAUGUGAAUCACGUGUUCUCAUCGUGUGAGACUGUGAGUCACAUCUUUACAGUGUGAGCCACGCGUUUACAGUGUCGGCCACAUAUUUACAGUGUGAGCAUUGUGUUCUCACUGUGACCUUGGGGGUUUACUAGGUGAGUACCAUAGGUAUUCCAUCUGUUUCCCAUGUGAGCUGCCUGGUUCGGAUGUUCAUUGUGAGCCAUGUGUUCACUGCGUGGCCUGCAUUCGUGCAUUUUUCUAUGAUGCGAUGUGUACAUGAAGUUCGUUGGGAUGGUUCAGACAUUUAUUUACGGCCAUUUACAUAUUGGUACCGCUGCUCGGUGAAUAAUUCCAUAAAGCAGCGAGAGUGAAGCUACCUACAUGUAUGGCACUACCAGCACUACCAGUUGUUGUACUGGGUGAAAUUGCUUGCAUAGAGUUACCAUAACUUAGUACUUUUGUACUGUGGGGAAGUACAGCUAUGUACAUAGUGUUACUGUCGUUUGAUGAGUGUUGAAUGUGUGUAAGGUGCAUAGUUUGUACCAGUUCAUAGUGCAUUUAUAAUUAUAUGAGGUGAAAGUGCAGCUCUCUACCUAUUGAUUAGUGUGAGAAGAGUGCUCACCAAUUACAAUAACUGUAAACAGCAUGGUUCCGCAUACUGCAUGCCAGCACCAGGUUGCUGUGUCCUACAGUAUACCAACACGUACCUACAAAGUGUUUUGUGAGUAGCAAUGUUAGCCUUAACCCUCAAAAUGAGAAGUCGGCCGACCCUUAGAAAUCUUACUGCUUCUAACAGUAAUUAUGUGUAUAAAAGCAGUCGUCGUUAAAGCUGUAGUAGUGGUUGUUAUUUUGCCAUUAUUCCAAACCAGACAGUGCCGUUUCCUCGAAACAAGCAAUGUAUAGUUAUCAAACAGGUUUGAUGCAAUUCUGUCCAGCAUAUAGCGUCGGCUGUGAUUUUAUUUGUUAAACUUUUGAAGUUUAAGCUGAACUUGAGACGAUAAGAGAUGUUUAUAAUAUUAGGUUUAAUUUGCUUGUGAAUCUCAUCAGUGCGCACGUCACAACGAUCACACUGUUUCGCAUCGAUUAUCAAUAACAAAUGUAUGCGACAGAAGUUACGUCGACUUAAAUUAAUUGUUCGAAAUGAGCGCAAGUGUUCUGUUAAUAAAAUUUCCCAUAAUACA